AGCGUGCCACAGCCAGUCCGAACUUAACCGACCCGCGAACUACUCGCGCGCGACUAAACACUUUUUGUGACGUGAUCAUGCAAGUGCUAGCUUUAUUCGUCUUCGUGUGGCUCCUUAACGAAGUCCGGGGCGUUAUCAGAACACCCCUUGAAGCCUUCAGGCCCUCAGCCGAAAUACACAUACGUCGACCGGACAAAUUGCCUCUUCUGCCUCAUAGAAGGACGAUGCAACAGAAAAGCGGGCUUAAGAUUCUGUACCAAACAGGCGUAAGUAUUGUGUCAGAAGAAGAUUUGCCAGAUUGCAGAGCACGACAAGUCUGCAGUAAAGUCGACCUUUAUGAUUCAGCCCAGCCUUGGAUUGAACGAAAAUGUCGGUGUUUGGGACACAGGCCUUGUUCUAGUGAUUUGUCGUCUGAUGAUAACCAUACUCUCGCCGAUAAGACAACACUAUACAAGACCUGUGAACCAGUGAGGCGAUUGCCAAAAUGCCGGUACUUCAAGGACGCGGCAUGGACCAUAUUCUCAUUGCCAGAUAGCAAUGCUACCCAACAGAUUGUUAAUUGCCACUGUCCAAAGUCUUCAGUUACAUAUCUUCUCAAGAAAUUGCCUUACACGACACCUAGCGGCGAACAAGGCAACCAGUAUCAAUUCGCGUGCUCGCCACAAAGCCGAUUAAGGUGUUCGCGAAAAGAACCAUGUCGGCUAUUCAGCGCUAGGCGUCGCCACGAACAGAUAGACGAAGUGAACGCAAGUACAAUCUGUCAAUGCCCACGUGAUCACACAUGUCCCAAACACCAUACAGAACCAGGUGUGCUGCCAGGAGUCACCUACGUCGCUGAAGAUAUCCGUACCUACCACGGCUACUGCAUGCCAGAACCGCCCCCUGAUAGCUACAGGUUCGUUGGAGACAAAGACUGAAACACCUAGUCUGACGCUUCCUACUUCGUUGAAACCUGUUCAGUACAAAAUUAUCGUAAGGAUACGAAAAUCAAAUCGGUAAAGGUAGUUUUAUAAUAAGAAUAUACACGGACCUGAAUCAAUAUAAAAUCACAGAUAUUAAUGCGAUAUAUCUGGCCAGUGAAGCCGGUUGCAGACCGAAAACUAAGCUAUGCCAAGGCUAAACUAAGCUAUGCCAAGCAAGCUAGGCUAAGCUAAGCUAGAAAUAAAUAGCGUGCACACCAACAGCUAAGCCAAAGCUCAGUCAGUGUGGCGAAGGAUGUGCAAAUGGUGUGCGGGUAGCGGGAGGGGCUUAGCUUAGCUCGUGUAGCUGCGUAUCGGCAUACACAACUAACUUAGCUUCGCAUAUUUUAGUUAGCUCACAUAGCUUAGUUCGCAUAGUUUGCGGUCUGCACACAAGUAUGGAAAACUGCGUCAGCUAUGCGAGCUAAGCUAAACUAACUUAGCUCUUGGUCUGCAACCCGUAUUAAGCAUUGAUUUGUCUACAUAGACAGCUAUGAUGACCUCAGUGUAAAUAUAUGUAAGUUAAAUUCGGUAUUACAUAGGAAUUGUUUCUGUUAUGUUUUGUAAAUAAUAUUUUUAAGUAUCAUUCCAAACGGUUAGAUUAAAUUAUUUUUAUAUUACUUGCCAUACUGUAUCUAUUGCGUGCAUUUCAUGUAAACGACGAAAGUGCAAAGGAACUCUUUUAUUUCUUUACAAGUAUCAUUGCCUCACUCUGUAAUUUCGAAUAGCGAAAUCGAUCCCAAUUAUGAGAUUUUAUAGGGUAUUUUCUAUGGCCAAAAAGCCUAUGUUAUGUAUAAUAUAUGUAAGUAUGUCACCUAUAUUUAUUCACAUAAUUUUGUGGAUUUUUUUUAGAUAUACAACACCUAUAACUGUAUAUAAGAAAAUUACUAAAAAUACCUGCAAUCGUCUUGCUUGCACAAUCAUUUUUCGUAUAUAACAGGAGUAUUGAGGAUUUUAUGAUUUAAUCGUUAUUUACAUGCAAAAUGUUCUAAAGAUAUAAUGUGUACUUUAAGACUGUUGCCUUGUUUCAAUGUCUUCCAUGGACAAAGUUUAUGUUUGCGAUAUUAUUGUUUUAGUAAACCUUAUUGUUAAAUGCUAACUAUUUUUACGAUUGUGUUGCCUUUUGUAUUGAAUAUAGCAAUCGUGUAUUUAUGUAAAUAUGAGAAAAUGUUAAUAUUUUGUAUUAUACCGUUGAGGUAUGUCUUCCUUGUUUUACGUAGGUUAAGUUAAAUUAUUGACACAAAGCGAUUAAAUGUUUCAAUAUCUUAAA